AGACUACAACAUAUCAUCAUGGCGUCCCAAGACUCCCGGGGUGAGGACGAGGUCUGCCCCGUCUGCAAGUCCUCGCGGUAUCUCAACCCGAACAUGCGAUUCCUCAUCAACCCGGAAUGCUACCACAAGAUGUGCGAGUCCUGCGUGGACCGAAUAUUCUCCUCUGGUCCCGCUAGCUGCCCCGUCGCUGGGUGCCGCAAGACCCUCCGCAAGAACCGCUUUCGCCAGCAGACCUUUGAGGACAUUGGAGUUGAGCGAGAGGUGGAUAUCCGGCGGCGCGUGAUGCACAUUCUCAAUCGACGCGAGGAAGAAUUCGAUUCCAAGCGCGCCUACGACGAUUUCCUCGAACAACGCGAAGAGAUAAUCGCCAACCUGGUAUACCGAACCGAUGUGGCGAAAACAGAGGCCCAACUACAAGCCUACGCGCAGGAGAACAUGCAAUCAAUCAAAACGAACCAAGCACUCGAGGAACAAGAGGCAACUUCAUUCCAUAAGAAGAUCCUCAUGGAACAAGAAGAGGCUCGAAUGCGCCAACAGAUCGCCCGCGAGGAAUACGAGAACGAGCGGCGCGAGCAGCAGGCUACACGGGAGGACUUCCUUACUCGCCUCGCAUCUGGUUCUGCUGCUGAUGUAGCUGCCAUCGCUCGCGAUGGACACAAGGUGCACCUCAAGAAAUCGUCUGCCCGGCGCAGCGAAGAGGAGCGUAUUCGACAGAAACAGGCUGCUCUUCGGGGUACCGAGGGCAAGCGCACUGGUACACCCCUUGCAAUGGGAGAGACUGCCGGUGCUACAUCUGGUGCUGGACUCAUCAAGGGCUUGCGCAAGAUCAAGACUCCCGAGCCAGAGAAGCCAUACGAUCCUUUCAUGGGUCUUGUCCCUGGCAAGCGCGAUUACUACACCCAGCUCGAGUCUUAUCCAUACGCCUUUUUGGACAAACUCCGCUCAGAUACGACAGUCCAGGCUGGUGGGUAUGACUUGCAGGAGUACUACUCGCGCACUCUUUUGGAGGCGUUUGCUGGUCUGGGCUGCUUUGUCCAGGAAGAGGUUGCACAGCGGGAGGCUACCUCUGCUCUCGGUAUUUCGAAUCCUGCUGCUACUGAGGGAGCGGCCAUGGCUGCUGUUGGUAAAAACGCUGCAUAGUUGACAUGAGUGGGAAAUUUGGCAUAGCGAUGGCGUUUUGAUUUAACUUUGCUUCUAUAUGAAAUACCAGGUAGCUUGGUAACCCACUUCUCGGUAUACUGAACAUUGAUUUCAUCCCCAAGAUUGGCUUGACGGACCUUUAAACAAAAAGCACUUACGACUUGUAUAAUACUUACAACGGGGUAGUCUAGAAGGGAAAAACA